AUGUCUGGGGUUCCUGAAGCUGAUGAAGCUAUUGGUUGUGGAAUUAAUGGAGCUGAUCAUGGAAAUGACAGCAAUGUUAUGGUAUUUGAAUAUGAUCAUGAGCAAAGAGAUCUGAGGGCUCUUGCAGAGUUGAUUUGUUCUGGAGAAAUUCCACCUAAGAUGGUUGAAGAUAUUGAUUUAAGGAAGUUCACGAAUAUGAGUACCCCGCUGUUUAAGCCUAGUUUUGAUAGGGUAGAAAGUGAGUGCAUGAGAGUGUAUGAGGAGAGGAAACUGGAAAUUAAAGAGUUCUUGGGUGAUUUGAAUGGACAGAUUAGCCUCUCGGUGGACAGAUUGAGGUACAAAACUUACCGUUUCUGUGGACACUAUUUGUGCCUUUCUGCUAGUUUUAUUGACGAAAAUUGGAAACUGAGGAACUGGGUGCUUUAUUGCCAUAGUUUAUCAAAUCCACUUGAUGAUUUCCUUAAGGUGCUUGAAGGUUGGGGAUUUGGGAACAAGGUAUCCACACUAACAAUGACAAAUGCUGAUCAUGGGGAUUGCCCUGAAUUGAUUGAGUUUGUGGAAACACACAUCCAAGAAAAGAAGAAACUUGAAGUAAGCCGUCAGCUGGUUCAUGUGUAUUGUUGUGGGGAAAUGAUCAGUCAAAUGGUGCAGGAUGCUUUUGACAAGAUUAAGGACAUUAUAGACAAAGUUCUCAAAUUGUAUUCUACAAAAUCAUUACCCUUGUGGUAUCUCACCAACUCCAAGCUAAAGCAUGCUGUUGAAUUAUGGUCUAAGGGAGAGUUCUCUUCAAAAUAUGUGACUGAUUCAAGUGAUGUACCAUCCCCGGAAGAAUGGAAGAAAGUUGAGGGUGUUUGUAAGAUUGUCGAGAGCAUCUAUGAAGUAUCAAGUGCUUUAUUUGAAUCAAAGCCCUUAACAGCUAAUGUCUUUCUUUACCACCUGCAUGAGCUCCGAGACAUUCUGACCCAAAUAUCCGCUACUGACUCCGGUAGUUUUAAUGGAUCAAUAGUUGAAGGCAUGCUGACAAGAUUUGAUAAGUAUUGGAAUGACAUGUUCAUGUUGUUGGCAAUAGCUUCAGCCUUGGAUCCUCGACUGAAAUUGAAAUAUGUAGAAUUUGUUUCUAUGAGACUCAAUGGUAUGGAAGGAAGCUUACAAGUUGCGGAUGUUUUGGGGGCCAUUCACAAACUCUAUGAUGACUAUCUGAUCCGUUUUCCUGUAAAGGAAAACUUCAUGUGUUACUCAUCUUGUUCCGGUUUAGAUACUGAAAUGGAGUCUUCUCCUCCCAAACAAGUGAACCAUACUCUUAAUGUGUUGCAAGACUACCACCAGUUCAUCCAAUUGGGUAUUCAGUCUACCAAAAAAUCAGAGCUGGAUUGCUAUCUCGAAGAACCUGUGAUACAUGAGAGUCCAGAUUUCGAUGUACUGACUUGGUGGAGCACUGCUGAUGCCAAGUAUCCUACUCUCUCUAGAAUGGCACGGGAUUUCUUGGCCAUUCCAGUUUCUCUGGCAACUUCAUAUGAAGCAUUUUACUCUAAACCAAGGCCAGCUGAUGAAAGUUUAGUUUGUUUGAAGCCUGACUUGAUGAAUGCCUUAAUGUGCACUCGUAGCUGGUCUUGUAAGCACUGA